AUGGUAUCGCUGAUAGUCUUUAAUUUUAGACGUUACAAUUCCGCAUUAUUAUGGUCAACCCAAAAAAUCGCGAGUAGACUGGACUGCAUCUGUCAAUUCUUCUUAUGGACCGACUGGAUUGUCGCGUUCGCGAACCAGACUUCGCCAUCCUUCAACAAUACGCAAUCGUAUCAGUAUUGUGCCGCGGAUGCUCGUACUUCUGAUCUUGUGCCUAUAAUUGUUGGUGCUUGUCUUGGUGGGUUGGUCAUUAUUGUGUUGGUGGCUUAUCUGAUCGGACGUGUUCGUGCCAAACGUCAAGGAUAUAAUUCUGUCUAG